AUGCUACAUAGUGCUCAAUAUCCACACAACGAGCAUGUUACAUACACCGAAUCAAUUUGGGCUGUUGAAUCCUGGAAGGCUAAGCACUCUAGGCUGUUCGUUCUUUAUCUUGGUGUACCAAUCGCUGAAGAUGUAAACUUUGCUGAAAAAUUAAUUCAUUAUUAUUGUCGUACAAUUGCCGAUGUUUAUGAUGAAUCGCUGGAGUUGUAUUCUUUGCAUGCACACUUGCAUUUACCGUCUCAGGUACGACUACACGGAGGUUUGUCUACAUCUUCAGCUUUCACGUUUGAAUCCUGUAUCAAAUAUUUGAAAAGUAAGGUGCAUGGCACCAAACACUUGGUGUCUCAAAUAGCGUACUGGUAUGAUGUUGAAACUAUGAUUAAAAUUACGCAAAUUGAAAUAGCAGUACCGUGUGGUAUUAAUAAAAUUAAUAUUCAGAAUGAACAAAUGAAUGAUUAUCGUCACACGUUAAUGAAUAUUAUUCGUACUCAUGGACAAGAUGUAGACAAUAUUAGUUUUUAUAAACGUUACAAACAAUUGUUCAUCACAUUUCAUACAGUACUUUAUGAUCAACGAUAUAAAUGUCGAAGCUACAUCAUAUCAUAUGUUACUAAUAGAGAUGUUAAAGAUACUCUUAGUUAUGGAAAUAUAAUUGUAUUUUAUCAAUACAUGAAUCAAUUUUAUGCAUUUAUACAGAAGUAUUAUUUAUCAAGAAAAAAGCUUUCUCAUUCUAUCGAAUUACCUGUAGAAGUGUGCAAUAAAUUGGACGAAAUGUACUCAUUACUUGCAUUAUCAAACGAUUAUGAUAUUAUUCCAAUAUUGACGUUUCAUCAUAAAUUUACAAUCAAAGAUCGAAAUAAAAGUUAUGUUGGCUGUUGUCUCUGUGAAGGAUCAUUAACAGAAAUUGAAGCAGCAGCUGAUCGUUUAGAUAAAGAAAUGAAUACUGAUUUAGAAUCAGACUGUGAAAUAGUUAUGAAUUUUGAUAAAUCGAAUGCAUCACAAGAGUUAUCUCAAUAUUCAAUGGUAACAACGCCAAGUAAUCCAACAGGUUCAACAAUGCGAUCGUUACUUAUGACAUCUUUUGAUAACGGUUCUUCUGCUUAUCAAACACUGAAUGAUAUUCAACGUAUAACAAAAGACAAAAAUUAUGGAGAAGGCCUAGAGAUAUCAACAUCAGAAGAAGACAUUGAUGAAGAGGAAGAUGAGAGCGACGAUGGCAAUAAUUCAUCAGAAGAAAGAGUAGCAAUAUCAACUUCAACAGCAUCAACAAAAGGAUAA